AUGCGUUUAAUCCUCACCGUCAUGCUCUCUUUCAUCCCUCACCUUUAUUCUUCUCCUCACCGUCCUUGUUCAUCUCCCGUCUCCUCUCGUCCUCGCAUCCGUCGUUGCCGUCUCAGCCGUUUCGCAACCGCAUUAGUCGCUACCUCCGCUCUUCUUCUCGCCUCCGUCGCUUGGCUCUCUCUCGUCUUCUCACCAACCACUUCCCGUUGCUGGCAUCUCCUUAAGGACUGGGAAGACGCACAUCUCUGGAAUCGACGGUAUCAUCAUCCUUAUCUCCCUACUAAAAUCCCUCCGCCGUCUCUUCCAUCUCUCCCUUUCUCCGAUCAACCUAGAAAUCGUAGUAUAUGGGAGAGUGAUAGACUUGAUCUGUUGUCUCUGAAUCACUUGAUGUUUGGUAUCGCUGGAUCUUCACAGCUUUGGGAAAGACGUAAGGAACUUGUGAGGUUAUGGUGGAGACCUUCUCAGAUGCGUGGUCAUGUCUGGCUUGAAGAACAGGUUUCUCCUAAGGAAGGUGAUGAUUCUCUUCCUCCAAUUAUUGUCUCUGAGGAUUCUUCUCGUUUUCGUUACACAAAUCCUACUGGUCAUCCUUCUGGACUUCGCAUCUCUCGUAUUGCCAUGGAGUCUUUUCGACUCUCUCUUCCUGAUGUUAGGUGGUUUGUUCUCGGAGAUGACGAUACGAUCUUCAAUGUACCUAAUCUUCUUGCUGUAUUGAGCAAGUACGAUCCUACUGAGAUGGUGUAUGUAGGAAGUCCGUCGGAGAGCCACUCUGCUAACUCAUACUUCAGUCAUAACAUGGCAUUUGGAGGCGGUGGUAUCGCCAUUAGUUACCCUCUAGCGGAAGCUAUCUCUCGUAUCCACGACGAUUGCCUCGAUAGAUACCCAAAGCUUUACGGUAGUGAUGAUCGACUCCACGCUUGCAUCACGGAACUCGGAGUUCCUUUGUCCAAAGAACCUGGAUUUCACCAGUGGGAUAUUAAAGGAGACGCUCAUGGUCUUUUGUCCUCUCAUCCUAUUGCACCUUUUGUCUCUAUUCAUCACGUUGAAGCUGUUAAUUCUCUCUAUCCGGGCUUAUCGACACUAGAUAGUUUGAAACUCUUCACAGAAGCCAUGGAUUUGGACCCAAGAAGUGUUUUGCAGCGAUCGAUCUGCUACGAUCAUACUCACCGGCUAACAUUUUCGAUAUCUCUUGGUUAUGUUGUACAAGUUUUCCCGAAUAUUGUCUUACCACGUGAUCUUGAGCGAGCCGAACUUUCCUUCUCUGCUUGGAACGGCAUAAGUCAACCGCGUGAGUUUGAUCUUGACAUCAAGCUUCCGAUUUCAUCUCUCUGUAAGAAGCCUAUCCUCUUUUUCUUGAAAGAGAUAGGACAAGAAGGAAAUGCUACACUCGGAACGUACUCGAGAUCCGCGGUUAAGGAUGAUCUGAAGAGGAAGCUUCUAUGUUUUCCACGCUCUCCUCCUCUGCAUAAGGUGGAAAAGAUCCAAGUCCUAGGCUUUCCGCUAAACAAAAAUUGGCACUUGGCGCCGCGACGGUUGUGUUGCAGAGCAACCCCAACUACUAAUGAGCCUCUCAGAUUAACAGUUGGGCAGUGUGGAAAGAUAAUUUUGGGUUCCACGAUUAGUUCUCAGUGA